UUCAUAAACGAGCUUUGUUUGGGUCAUUACUCUUGACAAUUUAUUUGCUUUUUAGCCGUUGAAAUAUUUUAGCUUGCCUCCCACGCUUUCUCUUUUCAAAAUCCACCGCCAAUCCUCCUACCCAAAAACCCAUCACAAACAUAGGCUUAUUCGGAGAUGGGAAAAACAAUGAUAAGGCUAACGCUAUGCGAUCAAAACACUCUGUCACGGAGCAGAGGAGGACGAGAAAGAGUAAUGAAAGGUGCACCUAUUCAGAGCAAUCUCACUGAACUCUGGGCUUUGAUGCAUUUUUGUAUGCCCUCAGUGUUUGGGACACUAAACCAGUUUCUUUCUAUAUAAACCAGUUCCUUUCUAUAUUCAAAGAAGAUGGAGACUUUUCAUCAGGUUAUGAUUGUUUUUUACUAUAUAUAUCAUAUAAGUUUGGACUUCAUCUGAAUCUAUGUUUUAUCCUUUGAGAGCAUAGCAUAUAUCUUGGAAUCUAGCAUUUGAUUGGUCUUGCUUCCCUCAGUUUGAAGCUCUGGCUUUUUUAUGGAUUAAUAUUUAUUCAUUUAUUCUGUAUCGGCUUCUUUCUUGGAAUCAAGCAUUUACAACUUUUGAGGAGCCGGCAAUUAUCCUAUGGCUGCCUACCUAUGUUGGCUUCUAAAUGGACAUAGUGACUUUAUAGGGGGCUUUGUGGCAUAUAUCUUACACCUUUUCUGGGUUUCCUUUGAACAGAUGGCACACUAUCUAAGACUUUAAAAUAUAUAUUGCAAUCCUUUAUGCUUCGACGGACAAAAUCCAAACUUAUUGAAUGUGGAAAUCUAAUACUCCCGCCUCUUACUGAGAUUACUGUGAUGGCUCCAUUUGGUUAGCCUGCAAAAGAAGGUAUAUACUUCAAUAUUAAGAAAGGAGCUUCCAAAACUUCUUGCUUUGUGUUGUGGAUCAUCUAACCACCAGUCAUUACAAAAUAUUACGCUUUCACCCAAGAGGCUAAGACCCAAUAAUCAGAUUGCAGCCACGUGUGGAUUAGCACCGACAUAGUCCAUUAGUUUUAAAGACCCUCGUAUGCCCAUGCGACAGGCACUUCAGAAUUCUUAAACGAGAUUUGUUUGGGUCAUUACUCUGACUAUUUAUUAUCAGCUUUUUAGCCGUUGAAGUAUUUUAGCUUGCCUCCCACGCUUUCCCGUUUCAAAAUCCACCGCCAAUCCUCCUACCCGAAAACCCAGUGCAACCAAACUGAUAGGAAGAUCUAGAUGAAUUACGAACAGAGGCUUAAGUCGGCAGCCCAAAUCGUUCUUGGGUACGAUGCACGAGCCGGAGACAAGGCGGUAGAUUGUGCAGAAUUUGGAGUCACCGCCACGCUCAAACCUCACCAAGUCGAGGGAGUGUCUUGGCUUAUUCGGAGGUAUGUUCUCGGCGUCAACGUCCUUCUUGGAGAUGAGAUGGGACUGGGGAAGACUCUUCAAGCUAUUUCUUUCUUGAGCUAUUUGAAGGUCCAUCAGAAGUCACCUGGACCUUUUUUGGUGCUUUGUCCUUUAAGUGUGACAGAUGGUUGGGUGUCAGAGAUAGUUAAAUUCACUCCUAAAUUAGAAGUUCUUAGGUAUGUUGGUGAGAAAGAGCAGCGGCGAAGUCUACGCAAGACUGUAUAUGAGAAUGUAGAAGAGAAGUCGUCAUUGUCAGAUGUUUUGUCCUUACCUUUUGAUGUGCUAUUGACAACAUAUGACAUAGCAUUGAUGGAUCAAGAUUUUCUUUCUCAAAUACCCUGGCAUUAUGCUAUAAUUGAUGAAGCUCAAAGGCUUAAAAAUCCUUCCAGUGUUCUGUAUAAUGUCCUUAGUGAUCGCUUUCUUAUGCCAAGACGGUUGUUGAUGACUGGAACACCUAUUCAGAACAAUCUCACUGAACUCUGGGCUUUGAUGCAUUUUUGUAUGCCCUCAGUGUUUGGGACACUAUACCAGUUUCUUUCUAUAUUCAAAGAAGCUGGAGAUUUUUCAUCAGAUAGUACACUAUCUAAGACCAAGGAGCAAUUUAAGACAUUAAAGUAUAUAUUGCAAGCCUUUAUGCUUCGACGGACAAAAUCCAAACUUAUCGAGUGCGGAGAUCUAGUACUCCCACCUCUUACUGAGAUUACUGUGAUGGCUCCAUUGGUUAGCCUGCAAAAGAAGGUAUAUACUUCAAUAUUAAGAAAGGAGCUUCCAAAGCUUCUUGCUUUGUCUUCUGGAUCAUCAAACCACCAGUCAUUACAAAAUAUUGUAAUUCAGCUAAGAAAAGCUUGUAGUCACCCUUAUCUCUUCCCUGGCAUUGAGCCCGAGCCAUAUGAAGAGGGAGAACACCUGGUUCAGGGGAGUGGUAAGCUUAUGGUUUUGGAUCAACUACUCCAGAAGCUAUAUGAUUCUGGGCAUUGUGUCCUUCUCUUUGCUCAGAUGACCCAUACGCUUGACAUUUUACAGGAUUUUCUGGAGUUAAGGAAAUAUUCAUAUGAGCGGCUCGACGGAUCGAUUCGGGCAGAAGAGCGCUUUGCUGCAAUAAGAAGUUUCAGCAAACGAUCAGCCGAAGGGAGUUUGAAUUCAGAAUCUGACCAAAAUGCUGCUUUUAUUUUCAUGAUCUCUACAAGAGCUGGGGGUGUUGGCUUAAAUCUUGUAGCUGCUGAUACUGUUAUAUUCUACGAGCAAGAUUGGAAUCCUCAGGUAGACAAGCAGGCUCUGCAGCGAGCACAUCGAAUAGGCCAAUCGAAUCAUGUGUUGUCCAUAAACCUUGUUACAGAACAUAGUGUGGAACAGGUCAUUAUGAGAAGAGCAGAAAGGAAGCUGCAGCUUAGUCAUAAUGUUGUAGGAGAUCCUGUCAUGGACCAGGAGGAGAGGACAUGGGAGGAAGAAAUGGGUGAUUUGCGAUCUAUCAUAUUUGGGUUACAUAUGUUUGAUCCUACUGAGAUCAACAUGGAAGAAGCACAUGAGUUAAAGACAUCAGUGUUUAGAUCUAUGGCUGAGAAAGUGAUUGCAAUCCGUCAUGAACAAACAUUAGGCAAGAAUGAUAGCAAGUUUGAGAUUAAUGCAGGGGAUUUGAUGGAUGGCUAUGGUGUUAUUAUGAGAGAGAGUUCUUCUGUCAGUAGUGAUCCUGGUCUUGAUGAGGCUUCAUAUCUCUCUUGGGUUGAAAAAUUCAAGGCAGCCUCACAGUCAGGUGAUAAUCAAAUUGUGGGGUUGGAAAGUAGAAGGAACCUGGAGGACAGGCAUUUGAAAGUUGAGGCUGCAAAGAAGAAGGCAGAGGAAAAGAAAAAGACUAAGUGGGAAGCGCAUGGAUAUCAUUCUCUGUCUGUCCAAGAUCCUUGCCCAGUGGAUGGAGAUAUGAUGUCAUAUUCAGGUUCUGUUCAUUUUGUUUAUGGAGAUUGCACUGAUCCAUCAAAAGUUUGUCCAUCUGAGCCUGCUAUCAUAUUCAGUUGUAUUGAUAAUUCUGGAAACUGGGGUCAUGGUGGAAUUUUUGAUGCUCUGGCAAAGCUUUCUGCCGGGAUUCGUGAUGCGUAUGAACAAGCUUCUGAAUUUCAGGACCUUCAUCUCGGUGAUCUCCAUCUUAUAAGAAUCAAUGAGGAUUGCAAGGAAAAUAAUACUCCAUGGUGGGUUGCUUUGGCUGUUGUACAAUCUUACAAUCCAAGACGUAAAGUUCCCCGUAGUGACAUCUCUAUGCCUGAUUUGGAACGUUGUUUGUCAAAGGCAUCAUUCUCAGCGGCUGAAAAUUCUGCUUCAAUACACAUGCCACGUAUUGGAUAUCAAGAUGGAUCAGAUCGUUCACAGUGGUACACUGUGGAACGUCUUCUGCGAAAAUAUGCUUCCAUUUAUGGUGUAAAGAUUUUUGUGUAUUAUUACCGUCGAUAAGAAGCCGAAGGAGUAUUGUUGUUCAUGUCCAUGACCUUCAUGGAUGUGUCUUUGCCAUAAAUUAAGUUACAAGCUC